AUGUUGUUGGAUCUGAAGUGUGUUUUAGAGGAGGUGAAGCGUGAAGAGAGUAAACGGGGUGAGCUGGAGCUGCAGCACACGGAGGAUCGAUGCGCGCGGACUCUGGAGAGGUCAGAGCUGGACAGUCGCAUUGGUCAGCUAGAAGACAGAGAAUGUAGUCUGGUGGUGGAGACUGUGAGGAGUCCAGAUCGAGGGGACACUCUGAAACAGGAGAGAGCAGAACAAAAGAAGCUGCUGGCAGACACUCGCAGUGAGGCCAUGGACCUCCGCUGCAGGCUGGAGAACAGUGAGACGGGCUGGGUGAAGGAGAAAUCUGAGCUGCUGGAACGCUUUGAGGCUGAGAGGAAGGAGUGGGAGAACCAGCUCAUGGACAUGCAGCGGAGGAUUGAGGAGUUGUACAAUGAAGUGAGGUCCCACCGUGCGGGAAGUUCUCUGAGACCAGUUACUGAUGGACAAAAUGCACUGAGGCUCAGCUCAUGUUCUGCCAGCACUUUGUCGAGUGUAGUAACCUAUCCGUCAGACGCCCAGAGCAAUGAAUAUUGUGAGUCUUUAACCCAGCGAAGCACUGCCAGCAUUGACUCCCAACCAAGUCAACUCAGUCACAACACCAGUGAAUCCAGCGACCAGUGCAACAGCGAUCAAAGUGAACUAUUAAAUCAGCAAGGUGCUGCUGAACAACAGGCUAUAGACACUGCAGAGCUGGAGGAAAUCCUGGAAAGCUGUUUGGAAAAGAAAAUGGGGAACAAGUCCUGCUUCACUGGACAAGAUGACCUCCUUAACCCUUUCAAAAGAUUUCAGAGCAUGGAAAUAACCAGUGGAAGUGACAGAAAGAAGUACAGUACUGCUCUAAAUGCGGCACUUCAGGAAAUUGCCUGUGCGAGUGCAGAACUCUGUAGCUACCAGGAUAAAACAAGGAAGUGGCCUGAUAUUAAGAGAAGCCGCAGUGAGUCUAAGUUUUUUCAAAGAGAGGCUGAGUUGGUGGAGAAGGUAAAGGAUAAUUCGGAAAUGGAGGACACAGUUUUGUACUUGAAAAACAUGAGUGAAGACCUUAAAUCCCUCGAUGAGCAAUACUGGACGAAUUGGGAAGGUUGUAAUAUGAAAUCGCAGCAAAGUGAGGCUAAGCCACAAUACAACAUAAGACAACAAGCUCCACCCGUACCGACCCGUAGCACAUCUUGGUACCUAAGCAGUCCUUCAGCUUCAGAAAUGGAGAUCAGUGGUACAGAGCAAGGGUGUCAACGGCCAGGAGCCCACCCAGACAGAAAGUACACCAGCCCCGCAGUCGUACGAAAAUUUGAAGCAAUGCUUCAAGAAAAUGAGGGGAAAGUUCUGACAGACUCUGUGAAUGUAGCCUGCACCGUGCCUGUCGAUUCCCAGUGCAAUAUCAGCUGCUGCCAGAGCCGCUGGUCCUGCGAUGGAAGUAGGUUUGGCAGCAACAAGUCAUCCAGAUAUGUUCCUGUUAAGCACUGCUCCUCCAAUGUGGACAUUGCAGAUGCAUCCUCAGAUCGCAGUCUAAACCAAAUAGCUGAGCAAAACAAUCUCAAGGGUGCAUCUCAUCCCAUGAGCAUGCCUACAGAUUCUGUUGCAUCACUAGACUUUAUUUUGCCAUAUCCCAGUGCUACAGCUACUCCCAGAAAUGAGAGACUUGAGCAGAAAACUGCAGAGUUCAACCGUGCACUCUUCCAGACAGGGAUGGGCGUUAGGUGUGAUGAGGAUAUUUCCAUGACUGUAUCCACUGAUUCUUCUGACAGUCUUCCAGAGGUCACAUCAAAAGACAUGCUUAUAGACAGUCCUUCGAGGCACGUUGAAGACAAUCCGAAGGAUUUCUUAUCGGAUCUUGUGGCACAGUGUCCAAGAGAUGAGGGAAGAAGGAAGGAAACAAAGAAUCUUGUCACUAUCUCUUCAUCUCUGCAGCAGGAACUUAGUCUAAAGCAAGAAAGUGAAGUUAAGCCUUUACAGACUGCGCCAACUUCAGCUGACCAGCUUGUCCCAAGUGUUGGAGAAAAACGCUUUGAACUAGGUUUAAGUCCACAACGGCAAACCCAGGUGGAAAGGUCCGGCAAAUUUCUGGAUGUUGGUACAGACCAACAACCAGCAGACAAAAAACCCAAACAUGCAAAAAAAGAUAUCAGGUCUCGGAUUCUAGAUGAGAAUCCAUGGAAGCCUUCUACGCUAGCGGCCUAUCCUCGUCCGAUGGAGUCUAGGUCCAACUAUGGAGCUGUUGAGAGGAUUCUCAAAAAUUACGAGGAAUGGGAGAGAUCUCAGGAGCAGCAUCAGCAGUCACAGCACAGUCCAGGGAAGAAGGAAGACCUCGUGGACCUCUUGGAAAUCUUGGACAUGCAACAUGAGCCCAGAUCCAGUCAGAAACAAACACACACACUGCACCACCAGGCCAUAGCCCAUAAAGAGACGCAUGUAACAGUGCAGCAGUGCAAAGAGUCUUCUGUAACUAUCAAGAAGAGCUUUUCACGACCUGCAUGUCCGGCAAAGCGACGUUUGCCCUCUCGUUGGGCUAGCCGCUCGUCCGUAUCAUCUGCAUCAACUCCUUCAUCACCACCCACAGUCUUCACCCAGAGACAAACACUCACCUACUCCACCUUCCACGCAGAGACCGUCAUCUAAACGGCCCUUAGAUCAGCCUUUAAAGCUGUACAUGUUGCCUGAUUACCUGUGCAACACCAACAGUGACUGUCCAAGUGAUGAUUUUGUUGUUUACAUGUCUAUAACCAAUGCCUUUUUUGUUAUUUUUUUCUCAAAGACUGGUUUACAUGUAUAUUUCUAUUCUACCAAUGUGAUUUACAAGUGCAUAUUAUGCUUUCUGUUUUCAUAAACCAGUUUCAAUCUGUCAUCCUUAUAUUUUAUCGCUGCCAAUGCAGACCUGUUUCCUGUCUUUGUUCUUGUGUGUGUGUGUGUGUGUGUGUGUGUGUGUGAUGUCUGCUGUCUGAUUGAGAAUAUCAACAGCUGUUUCACAUCAAACUCUUUCUUAUACUUUCACCAACUUUAACCAAAAAGAUUGACUUGUGUAAUUACAGAAACUAAUGGAUUCUGCGCUCAGUUUAUGUGCUUAUCUGAUGCAAGACAUAUCAUUAGACUUUGCCUUUGCAGUCCCUUUUCUUGAUAAUUAAUAUCACAGAUGAAACUGUAUUCAGCAUUUAUAGAAUAAAAUAAUGUCACAUUUUUA